UCACUGACCGGUCACACUGGGCUACACGUGCAUUGUUGAAUUUUACUGGGAAAUCGUCCACAAAAAUAGCUUAAAUAGCAUUAAUUUAGUGAAAUUGCCCUCCGUAGACAGUGCCGCAGCACUGAGGAUCCUUAGAGAGUAGGACUAACCAACGGAGAGCCAUGAACUUUGACGACGAGGACCGGUUGGAGCUGCAGUACCUGGCAGGCGGCAACAUCGUGGAACAUGCGCCACUCUUUUCGCCCGAUGGAAGGUUCAUGUUUGUGCGAUGCCUGACAAAGGUGCAGGUGUACGCCACCAGUACGGGUGAACUCACAAGGGUUCUCGACGAUGCCAAGGCUCCUUUGAUCAGUUUGGAGCUGGAUCUAAAGCAGCCAGAGCUCCUGCUGGGCUGUACUAGCACUGGCGAGGUGCUGCGAUGGAAUUGGCGAGCUGGCGUGCUCAAGAAGACAGUAUCCCUGAAGCUGGGCGUGCCAGAGGCCAAUGUCCUCACCUGCCACCUGAUGAAUCUGUACAAAGGUGGCGACACAGCCUGUGCUUUUGUAACAACAAAGAAGAGGAGUGGCGACCAAGUCAACUGGUUUGUGGUCAAUACGAGUACGGGCGAUAGGAUUGAAGUGAAUUGCGGCCUAAAGUUAAAAGUUCGCACCCCCCUUGUGGACGUGGGAAAGGGUCAGUACAAGUAUAUAAUCCUAGCCCAAGGCUUCUACAUUUACUUCUUGAACUAUGUGAACUGGAAAUUCUGCCGUUUCAAGAGCGCCAAGCAGCACUUGAUCACCUGUGUCCGAAUGAGUCCCUGCGAGAUGGUGGCCGCCACUGCUGACGCUGAGGGUCAGAUCUUUAUCUGGCGGGACUUUGAAAAGCGUGAGACAAUGACCAACACCCUGCUCCAUUGGCAUCAUGACGAGGUGACCAGCUUGGCCUUCUCGCCCUCGGGCGUUAGCAUCUACAGCGGUGGCCAUGAACGGGUGCUGGUCAAGUGGUCCGUGGCCAUGCCCGAGGAACGCAAGUAUCUGCCCGGAAUGGCUAGUGUAAUCCGGCAUAUAGUAGUGAGCAAUGACAAUGAGAAUGUCCUUGUGUGCACCGAGGAUAAUGCCAUACAGCUGCUGAGUGGCAGCAAUAAUGCGAUCAAGUCAACCGUCCAGCAUUUCACAUAUGAGGUCAAGGAUAAGACUGGCAGGAGCAAGUUCCCCAUGGGUUUGUGUCUGAAUCCCAGGACCAAUACGCUGGUGCUCAAUGGCAGAUCAGGACACUUGCAGUUCUACUCAGCCUACACCAAGAGUAUGCUUUAUAACCUACGCGUGGUGGACACUAAUGUACAUAGCGAGGAGGCGAAUCGCAUCAUCUACAAUACGCGUAUAACCCGAGCGGCCUUUAACAUAAAUUGGAUGGCCACCGGCGAGGUUUACAACGAUUUGGAGAACUUUGCCGAAGUAAGGCUCAAGUUUUGGCAAUACAAUGAGAAGCUGCAAAGCUACAUCCUAAACACAGACAUUGAUCUGCCGCAUGAUCAUGGCUUCAAGACCAUCAGCUUCUCCAGUCAGUUCCAGGUGAGCAACUUGCGUUGUGCCUCCGCUGGCGAGGAUAAUGUGAUCAAAAUCUGGGGCAUUACCGACUCCGAAAACAUCUACAAGCGUGGCAAAAUGUGGUGUUGCCUGGCCCAAUUAAGCUACAGGAAUCUGUCUAUAGGUUCGCUCUGCUUCUCGCAGGAUGGCUCCCUCUUAGCCGUGGGCUAUGGCAACAUUUUAGCUCUGUACGAUGCCAGGAAUCCCCGAUUGCCGCUGCAAACGCUCAGCUGUCCGCCCGGCUUGGAUGGUGUAAUAUCCAAAGCUCAGCUUAGGUUGGCACAGACUCCCCUAAAUGGAGCCAGAAAAGAACUCACCCAACAGAGGCAGCAGUUGUGCGGACUCCUACAGAGUCUCAUCCAAAGCAAUGACGAGGAAUUGGUGGAACAGGCCAAGGCCUUGAUAGUGGGGCCACCUGUCAAGGGCAAGCUUCUCAAUCAACCGGAUAAUGCCAAAAAGGAGUCUGUAUUCAAGUACAUCAUGAAAAUGCCAGAGCUUGAUCUGCACCAGAAAUUGCAAUUGCUGCGACGCUUUGGUAUUGAAUGCUCUGUGCCCUUGGCUCACAGGAAUCGCUUGAUGGAGCUCCUGCAACAGAAGGCAAUCUUGCCACAGGCGGCGCGAAUGAAGUUGCUCAAGCUGGACGCCAGAUUGCAUCGCCUGCAUACGCGGCAUCGCUACAAAGCCAAGUAUCGAAUCGAUCAUUUGGCCCAGCGUCGACGGAACUUUGAAGAUCUGGUGCCGCAGGAAGUGACGGCUUUGUUCAGCACCCUCAAGCUGGACGAGAGCACGAAGCCGAAGAAGAAGGAGAAGCCACAGUCGGAGGAAAACAACAAAACCCAACUGAAGCCUAAGAAAAUUCCUGCCACGGCAGCCCCACUGCAGGGUUUGGCACAUAUAUCACAGGUUCAAUUCGGAGCCGGGGAUCAGGCUCACCUGGUGGCCGUUUGCACAGAAUCCAGGGUCCUGAUCUGGAACCUGCUGACUCUGCGGCUACAGGCCGGUCUGAAGCUAUCCGUUCGCCAGCUGGCCUUUGAUCCGCUCACCAAUCUAAUGGCUGUCAUCACGAAAAACGAUGAGUUGCAUGUCUUCCAACCGAAUGUUCCGCUACCGCUGUACCAGCGCAGUAAUAUGCCCAAGACUUAUGGCUUGGCCUGGCUGCCCCGGCGACAGCCCAAACAGAGCUCCAUAAAUGUGGACUGGCAGGCACAGUCGUCGCUGCUGAUGCUCACCCACUCGCAGGAGAUUGCUUAUUUGGCGCCAACGGGUCAGAGUCCAUCGGAUGAUACACCCGCUCCUAUUAGUUUUGCCAAACAGCCCGCCGACACUGAGAAUCUGCUGAGGCACGCGACAUUCGGCAUUCAUGUGACGAAGCCAAAGGUGACCGCGGAAACCCUGGAGAGCAAUGGUCCGCUGAUCAUUGGGCGUGGAGAACAUAGUGCUGUAAAUGCGUUUGUCAAUCUGUCCGCCCACACGAUGCCCGCCAUGAGCCUGAUUUGCAGCGAAUUUGUCAAGUCGCUGCUCAUCCCAGCGGAUUCAGCCUCAAGGCAUUCCUCAGCCACUGGAGGAGGAGGAGAUGCCACCUUGACCAACGGCGGUGCCAUCAAUGGCAAUGGUCUGUCCCAUGCGGAUAGUGCUGAUGAAGAGGAUGUUGAUGUUGAUGUUGAUAUAGAAGCAAUAGCGGCCAGUGAAGAUACCCGGAAAACGCUGCUGGAACAGAAUGAAAAGCUGGAGGAAAAGCCAACAGGAGAAGAGGCUGACCAGCAGGCCUUGGACAAUAGAUUGAAGGUUGUGGCAGCGCUAAGGACCAAGCUGAGGUUAUGAAUGUAAACAAAUCUAUUUAGUUGUUUUAUUAAAAGACCCUAAUAAAUUCAUAUAUAUUUUUGUAUAAGACCAGAAGUUGAUAAUACAAGUUGAUAAUACAAAA